AUGAAUCCCGAAGAGAGCAAAGCAAAGAAGUGCCUCUUUGGGCGACCAGAUCACAAAGAACUGGAUGAAUAUUUGAAGAAGGAAUUAAAGAAAGAUGUACAAGAGAAGAACGAAAAAUGGAAUUUCGAUUUCGAGAAAGGGGUACCGAAGGAGGGAGGAACAUUUCAAUGGGAAAAAGUUGGGUCGGUUGAAACCGAGAGAGACGAUUCUAAAGUUGGAGAGAGCAGCGCUGCGGAAAAAGAGGAAGUUAAGGAAGUUGCGAAGAAUUCAGCCGAUAAAUACUCACAGCUUCCUCAAACUCCGCCGAAAAAUGGCAGAUGA